AUGUUUCUGUCGACUACUUCUUGCCAACUUUCCUCCCCAUUUUUGUCAAUAAGAAAUCGGUGGAAAUCUGCCUGUGCUGCCUGCGCAAAAGUCAACCCACCGUUAACGGACGAGAUCUCUCGAGAUCGUCCAAUGUUUAGUAUCUGGACGGCUUAGAUAUAAAGCUGAUGUCUCUAUAGUGAUUGAUAGGUUUCUUUCUUUUAGAAAAUUGUAUGAAUCUCCGCAUGACUGAGAGAGACCAUGAAAUGGGAACAUCCAAAAGAGGGUUCCCACUGACUUCUGCAUGCAAGGUCAAACGGUUCAUUAGUCAAUUUAGUGUAAAUUAUUGAGUUUGCUUUUUUUUUAUAGAAAUUUCCAUAAAUCUUACAAUAUUCGGCAGGUCCUGGGAUGUGAUCAUCUUAAAAGGGGGGGGGGGUUCUUCUGACCGUUGGAUGUGGAUGUGGAAAAUGCACGAAAUUCCUUGAACCUCGUAUAGAAUUUAUUUCGUUUAAAGCCUUUUUGUGUAGAAACCUUGGCCUGUUCGGCAAUAGGAGAAGUUGAAGGAUUUAAUAAGGGAAGAGACGGCGGAGGGCGGGGGGUAUGUUUGAAAAUUCUAUAAUUUGGCGGUUUGUCCUCAUUUUGGAGAAAAUUUGGGGGUUUUCUAUGGAUAUAACCGAGCUAUUUUAUAAUAGGGAGGAACUAUAUUGGUAAAUUUGGUGAUAAAUUCCGGUCCAUGCUGGGUUUUUUUUUAAAAGAUAAAUAUUAUGAUGGGUGAGGGUUUCUAAAGGCCUCUGUAGCCGUUAAUCGAGGUGAGGGACUUUUCGAUAAAUAUUCUUUGUACUUUCGGGUUUAAAUGCGUUAUCUGCAUAAUAAUGGGUACAUGUGUAAAUCCCGGCUUCUUUCUCCCUAGAGAAUGACAAUUGGCGCGAAACCACGACGAGCCCCCUUCCUUCACCUCGCGUACUCCGCUCUAUAGGGUAGAAGAACUCUCCUCUCUCUCUCUCUCUCUCUCUCUCUCUCUCUCCCUCUCUCUCUCCCCCUCUCUCUCUCCCCCUCUCCCUCUCUCUCUCUUCCCCUCUCCCCCCCUCUCUCUCUCCCCCUCUCUCUCUCUCCCUCUCUCUCUCUCGCUUAAUCGGCUGGUUUGGGGAGUGUUUCAGAGUUUCCGCUCGUCCAGACGAAGAUCGUAGACUUCUUCCGGAUCCAGCGCUGUUCAAUGGCCUCCGAGGGGGAGUCUCGCCUGAAGCAGCAGCGGAAGAAGCGGACGGGGCCCCGUAUCGUCGCCAAGAGGAAGAGGAAGCUGCUGCCCUUCAACCCCAGCGAGGAUCCGGCGAGGAGGAUGGCGCAGAUGGCGUCCCUUGGCACGGCACUCACAGCGACGGGGGCCGAGUUCAGUGACGAGCUCAUCUACGCCCCAGGCAUGGCCCCCAGAUCGACCAAUCGCGCCGCCCUCGAGCGGGAAGGGAUGCAGGUCGCCGCCAAUCCUUCCCCUCCGACGAGCUCAUUCUCCCUCGAUCGCCGGAUCUGCCCGUUCCAAUGGCUGUUCGCGCUCAAUGUUUCUGGUCCUAUCCAGAGAAGACGCAGAGACAUUGAACCUCUGCAAGCGGAUGAUGGGGAGAGGGGAGUGCCCUCCUCUAAUGGUGGUGUUCGAUGCUCAGGAAGGGUGGGUCCUGGCUUCGUCUCUCGCCGGGCUUCCCUCUUCUCCCAGAACGACGACGACGAUUCACGAAGUUUUCUGGAUGGAAUCAGGUUCACGUGGAGACCGAUCGCUCCAUCAGGGACCUGACAAUAAUCACAGAGUACGCCGGCGACGUCGAUUUCUUGAAGAACCGGGAGGACGACGACUGGGACAGCAUCAUGACUCUGAUGACGGCCAUGGAUCCUGCGGAAACCCUAGUCAUCUGCCCGGACAAGCGCGGCAACAUCGCCAGAUUCAUCAACGGCAUCAACAACCACACCCCGUGAGUAAAUCCUUCCUUCCCCCUCGAAUCUGGCCUCGGACUGAUCUCAUGGAGAACAAAUCUUGCGGCGUAGGGAGGGGAAGAAGAAGCAGAAUCUCAAAUGCAUCCAGAGACAUUCGCAGAGGCGAAGGAUUGUAUUAUGACUACAACGGGUAUGAACAGGAGUACCCAACUCAGCAUUUUCUCUAG